AUGGUGAUUAAUGGAGAUUAUAUUGAUGAUGAUGAUGGUGAUGAUGGUGAUGAUGAUGGUGAUGAUGAUGAGCAUGCAGGAUGUUACAACGUGGAAACCAACGGAUCGGACUACAUGGGCUUAGCAAGAUUCACAGAAAAUGGAUACAGUUGUUUGACUUGGUCAGACGUAGACCAUGGAUUCAACGAAACAGAAAUAGAAUUAAAGGGAAAUGUUUGUCGAAAUCCCGAUGGAAGUGAGAGACCUUGGUGUUUCUACACCGACCAGAACUACAACAUUGCAAGGGACUACUGCCCAGUGCCUGCAUGUGCAACGGCUGUCCUAUCUGGCUUUACAAGAAUACCAGAUACAUAUCCUCUGAAUCCCAUGACAAUGACGUCAUACCAUAACCUCGGUCUUCUUGUCCCGGAUGUAGAGGAGAAAUGUGCGCAGAUAUGCAUCGAAGAAGAAAACUUUGAAUGUCGAAGCUUCUUUGUCGGACCAAGUGGCUUUUGUCUUGUUUCCGGAGCGGGCGCCAUUCAUGAUGGAGAGCAGGUAGAACAUUUGAAGGAUUCGGGCGGUGAUCUCUUCUACCGAAAAUCUACUCGAUGCAAUGAAGUAAUUCCACACAAAUAUCCAGACCACUGCAUGUUGCCCCUCGGUCUAGAAGGAAGAUGGAUCGAGGAUGGACAGAUCAGUGUUACCAGCGCCAUAGAUGAACUUCAUGGGGCCACCAAUGUCAGACUCAAUAGUCCUCAUUCGUGGAUACCAGAUGCAACCGAUCAUCAACCAGCAAUUACUAUAACUUUCUACGAGAGAACUAUAGUCUCUGGAAUUGUCCUCCAGACCGGAAGUCACAUUGGACACAGUGAAAGCCCGGUGUCCAACUUUACAAUUGACUUCGACCCUCGUCCAGAUUAUGCGAGCGAUCCUCAAAUACCGUACACGGGUGAAGAUACCUAUCCUAAGGUAUUACCAGGGAUAUAUUACAGUGACUGUCCCCAGCCUGUGUUCCUGGACCCACCGGUCUGGACGUAUGGCCUUCGAAUAAAACCUCUGUCUAGCUCAACCGAGCCAUUCAGUCUCAGACUAGAAAUACUUGGAUGCCAGGAUAAUGAUUGCGAUAGCGAAUUUGGAUUUAUGCGAGGGGAGGUCGAUGGAGUAUGGGUGCUCGAUUUAGAUGAUACUGGGGACUCAGAGUUUCAACUUGCCGCAUUACGAGCAUUUGAAUACCAAGGUCCCGGAUGGAUCCCCGGGUCACCCGAAGCCUGGGUUCAAAUGGCCGUCAGUGAGCCAUUUCAACUGUCCGCCAUGAUUUUUCGAAAGUGCGUUGACCCCGACUCCAGGAUUGAUGCAUUUCGCCUCUGGUUCGGCACACAUGAGAUGAUUGAAGCUGGUUACCUAAACUUGACAGAGACCUUUUAUGUCGACUAUCAAAACACCAGUCUUGCAAGGGUGAAUUUUCCUGAACCCUUCGAGUUGCUGGUAUUGGCGCGCUUUUACCCUGUGAAUACUUCUUCAGUUACCUGUGUAAGACUCGAACUUGUUGGGUGCAACUUUUCAAGGUGCAAUAAACGGCUUGGUAUGGAGUCGAGAGAAAUACAGAGAAGUCAACUUACUUGUAAAGGAUGUAAUGAAACAACCAUAAAUCAAUCCCGUCUUCAUCACUUUGACUCCACAGGAUUUACUGGUUGUGUUUUACCGACGACGGAAGUCCAUGAUAUAUGGUUCCAAAUUGCUUUCAAAGAUGUCCACGUUUUCCAUGCGAUGAUGAGUCAAGGGGGUUUUGUAGAAGGAAGGAGGACAUUCAUCGCAAGACUCAAGGUGGAGUAUAAACUGCUCGACCAAGACAAUUGGAGGGAGUACAAGAACGUCAUGGGAGAAACAAUGUACUUCGAGAACGCACGUGACCCAUAUACCGUGUCUACUCAUCAUUUUGAAAGGGCCUUCUUCACCCGAACUGUCCGGGUCUCACCCGACUCCGAUAUGACCAAACCAGAUGUUCUGCGACUGGAGCUUGUGGGCUGUCGUUUAGAUUAUGCUGCUAAGGUAUGUGGCGAUUGGGAGUUUGUACAUGAGGGAUUUUGCUAUGGUGUCGUUGAUGAGGAAGGCCCUAUGGCCUGCGAUAAGAUUUUCAUCCCUGGCAGCCACCCGGCAAACAUCAAAUCAUCAUCAAUUCAGACCUUUAUCACCAGUAAAAGUGAAACACUGCUUCACGAUAAAGCUGACCGUUUCGUCAUCGGAUUAAAAAGGGAAGUCGGUGAAGAGUUUAAAUGGACCGACGGGACACCUCUUGAUUAUUCCAAUCUUGUUCCAACUACGUCGGUAUGGAACCAAAGGAACAAAAUGUGUGUGUACAUGGAUGCCUAUGACUGUUUCCAAUGGAAGACUUACGAUUGUAACCCACAGAGGAGAGCCGUCAUCUGCCAGUAUGACAUAAAUGAAUGCCUAGGUUCACACCAUGGAUGCUCUUAUCAGUGUCGAAACACACCAGGUAGUUAUUACUGCUUAUGUCAGCCUGGAUUCAGAAGAGAUGCUGGGAAUAAUUGCAUAGAUAUGUGUAGCACAACCAAUGCUACAGCAGUCAACCUAACCAGGAAUGCCGGCCUGUGUAUCGGUCAUACUAUCGGUGAAAACUCAAGUUGGAAUGAAGCAAACCAACGAUGCCGCAUGCUGAACAAACACCUUCUGGGGGACCGAAUGGUCAUCGGACAUGCAUUGGUAAAAAUUAUCGCAUGA